CGCACGCGCAGCUAGACGUUUAUUCUAAAAAGUUUUCAAGUGUAAGAUGAACCAUUUUUGUCUUUGGGAAAAUGUGAUUCAGUCGACGAAGGAGGCCUAAUUUUGUCAAAAAACUUUUUGAAACUUUUUUUAUUGUUGGGGCUUUGUGUUGAACUGUUUGGAAGGUGAUUUUGUAUUUUUGGAGACGUGAAAGGCGCUUAGAUUUUUAAGAUGGCUCUCCACGCCGUGCAUCGACUGGCCUGCGUGGUUGCUCUCCUAGCCGCGACUACCACACAGAAGGACCAAUCAAGAUGGUCCCGCCAGAUCAGCUCCUAUACCGCAGACAUCAGCGACUGGGUCCCACUACCCGGCCCCGUCGAAAGAGAACCGCCCAGCCCACAACCUCUACCCCCAAUCAAAAGACAAGCCGUCGCGGAACCAAGGAUACUGACUGAACCAUUCUCUGGAUUCACCAGACCUACGGGAUUCGGCCAGGAACUCCCGCCGAGGAAUUAUUUUAAUUCACCAGCGAAUAGACAGCUGUAUUUGCAAUCAGUGCCGUCUGCGCCGCAGAACUAUCUGACAGAACAAGGAUUCGGGCAGAGCAUCAGGUUUGGACUGUCUCAGCCAAACUUCCCUCUGAACCAAGGAUUCGUUGCCCCUCAGUUCACAUUCGACAAUGUCCCCGCUGCUCCGCCGGUCAAGCCUCGACAACAACUACCAUCUGUGCUGCAAAACCCUAUCAAAUUCGAAAGCUUCCCGAAAAUUCCGUCCAAUCAGGCAAAACCAUUCAUCAACCAAGGACUGCCCAAGCUGAAGCCCGAAGCACCAAAGUUUGUUGACGGUUACAGAGUUGAAAAUCUUACCAACGACUACACAUUCAAUAAAAAGAAAGUACAGUCGUUACAGAAACUCAAGUAUGAAAGCUUCGACAAGGCCCCUAAAAUAGAAACGAUACCUCCCAAGCAAAAAGUGGAGAGGGAAGAAGUGCAACUACUCUACGUUCCUUUAGAGUCUCUGAACAGAGGACAGUUUAACUUCAGAAGCCCUAUUACUUCAUCUCAAUUAAUGAACACUGACUUGUAUUCUCAAAGUCUGCCAAAGCCUAAUCCACUCAAACAACCAUUCGCAAACGAAGCGCCUAAGCCUCUAGUGAAACCAGUAGACACAUACAGUACUAGUCAAGAGUACUACUCAAACUUUGAUGCUCAAAGAGACGACCAAGUUAAAUAUUCGACGAAUGCUUCCCCAUUCCCAACGGUCGCAGCAACAACUCCAAAGCCGAAGAAGCUGAAACCUCAUCAGCCACCGCUGGCCAUCUUUUUGACUCAAGAUGCUCGUAAGGGAAAUCAAAUCAAAGUAGGAGAUGUCCUGACUUCUUUGAAACAUGCCGACACCAUCGCUGUUCUGGAUACUGUUAAUCCUUUGAACGCACCCAAAGUAUUCAUCGGACCCUCCACUUUGACUCCUCCAGAGAACUAUGUGAGAUUCGAACUGCCGUAUUUGUCGAACAUUGAAAACACGGACAAGAAACUUCGUCAGCUCCCAUUCUUUGUAGCACCUUUGAGCUAUAACACACCUCAAGGAUUUGCAAAAAUACCAUUCCCAUCGCCUCAUGUGGGUUCUGUUGUCAUUAACUCCCAGAUCAAAGAUGCCAGUCCACCCGCUGCAAGUGUUAUUCCCAACUCAUAUACUGUGGCACCCCAGCAACAUAAACAGGUGACUCAGAAACCGAGCUUCACUUACUACAGUACAGCUGCGCCGAAUACUAACCCACCAGUUCCAGCUAACCAACGUCCGCAUUACUACUCUUUUGAACCACAAGCAGUCACAGCCAUCCCGCCACAGAAAGAGCAAACUAAUGCAGCCCCACCUAAGACUGGCUCAUACUUCCUAUCUAAUUUGGAUGACCAGUACAACCCACAGUACAUUAAUUUCCCAUCUGAUAUAAACCAAGAGCCCGUAAGAGAUUACAACAUUGGAAACAAUAAGAAAGUACAACCAGAAACCACGUCAACUACGCCCAGAACGACUGUCAGUACUACGACAACUAAACAACCUUCAACGUAUUCCAGUCAGCUAUUAGAAACUCACAAUCCCUACUCUAUCAACCAAGCGUUCCACUUCAGCACUCCUUUGGACUACCACAGCUACUAUGAUGAGCCUUUCGUAACUCCAGGAUAUAAUCAAGGCCAGAAAACAUCUCCUACUCCAGCGUCACCUCCAUCUAGCCAGCCUCCAAAACAGGAAGAAGUUGUCACUGAGAAGCAGACGUACUACCAACAAUCGUCGCCGAAUUACGUACAAAACUAUUCACCAGAAAUUCAUCACGAAGCUGAAGCACCGAACUACAGAUACCCCGUUUACAACACCAAUGACUACCCGAGCAAGCCUGAAGUUUCAUCUGAAAACAACCAGAAUGUUAAUCAACCAGCCGCUGAGCCGGUUCAACCUGAGAUUAACCAGAAUUACCAAUACACUUCCCAAGAAACUGUCGGGUACAAUCCCCCAGCUUACGAGAACUUGACUGAGACCAUCAUAAAUAAAAUAACUGGACCUCCAUCAGAAGUGGAAUCACCGAAACCAGUUUAUGAGCAAUAUGAAACUAGCCAAGAAGGUCAACAAGCGCAAUCAGCGAGUUUCCAAUCAUCGACAAGUACCACGACGACCACCACGACAAGAAGAACUCCUUUGCGAACAAGAGGUCGCCCUAAGUACACCACCACUCCACGAACUGACUCUACUGAAACUCCAACUCGGUCUCCAGUCACACGUAGACCAUUAAGAGAAAGACGUCCAUUGCCACCAAGAAAUAGAUAUGAACCUAAUAAGAUCACAACAGAAAGAGCCACGAGAAAACCAGCAGAAUCUGGCGAAAGCACCACAAAAUCUACCAGGACAAGGACCAGAGGUAAAGUUCAGUUUAAGCCUUCAGAAAGCGAAGACUUCUACAACAAGAAGAACAAGGGAAAUUAUGGAAAUCAGAAGGAAGAUCUGGCUUACCAGAGAGAUGUUCUACACCAAAACUACCCCGUUACCCUGAUGGAAAGAAUGAGCACUGUCGACAUCGAAGCCAUUACCGAACCAUCUCCAAAAGAGACAUCUAACAAAAACUUUGACAGUGGAACCGAAACAUAUGAUGCUGAAAAUGCUUACACACAUGAACACAGUUACAUCGAUAAUGGAUCCAAGGAAAAUUCUCCGGUGUAUACUUCUGGUGCGGAGUCACAAACUGAAAGUACAAAUAACGAGGAAUACGUUUAUCAAACCAGGAGCAGCUCUGCCCCAAUUCAGGCUAUUUCCUCUUAUGAAGAUUCUUUUGAAAAACAAGAGGACAAAUCGUCCAGACAAACUACUGCUGCACAGCGGCCAGAAAUAAUUUCGUACGCUACUGAACCAGUCAGUUCAGUCACUGAAGAAAGUCAACCAAGUUACCCUGGUAGUAAUGAACAUUCUACAAAACAGGAGGAUGCGCAAUCGUCAGAAGAUAUUGAAAUUACUAAAGUCAACAGUCAUGAAGUGAAUCAUGAAACUGAAACCGUAGAGAAUGUCGUUCAAACUACACCGUCAUACAACAGAGUAAGGGUACGUCCUGGAGUUAUUAGACAGUACCACCAAGCUUCUUCCACCGAAAGCACAAGGAACAAACCUGAACGUAGAAAGCCAGUUCAGGCUGUAACGUACCGCCCCGCUUUUGAUAGGAGAAGAACGACCAUGCGAAUUGAAGAAAUAGAAGCUGAUUUAAAAACAAAACAAGUCCAUUCACGCCCAGAAGUUCAGGAUUAUAAGCAUCCCGUUUACAGGCCCGAACCAACCACAGAGCCAGCCGUAACUACUGCUAGCUCUGCAGACUCAAACACAAAACGUGGACAUUUCCGUAGGCGACGACCAGUUUACACUACGACUUCCACUGAAUCGUCGAGCACGAAAAAGACUUACGAAGUCAAAAACAGAUUCAGAGGCCGAAGACCAACUGAAAAACCUACAGAAAAACCUGAAGUUCAAACUGAUGCCGCUCCGACGACCACAAGAAACAUUGCAUACAACAGGUAUCACACCAGACCCAGACUUUCAGAACGAUUCAACAAGAAAACUGAACCUGAAGCUGAGGAGUCCGAAGACCAAGAAUCGAACUACUCAAUCAAUAGACCCAAGUACGUUGCUCCUGAAUCUGAGCAGUGGUCACCGAAAAUCUCAUCAGAUUCGUUCAAACCUUACAACCCAAAUGAUAUCGCAGAUGACACCAAAAUCACACCAACUGAAGAAAAGUCUGACAAAGACGAGAGCGAUCAAGAUAUAAUAACGGCUAGAAAUGACUACGACGAUAUCCUCAUCUCUGUUACACCAGCUACAAAUAACAGAGGCAAUAAGAAGCUACCUGAUAUUCCUCCUACCCUAGAAGCUUAUGUAGAACAAAGCAAAACAACCAAAAGCGAUUCGGCAGACUCGAUGUCUACUUUCGAGACUAUGUUAGAAGAAGUGAUGAAAAGCCUAGAGGAGCAAGAUGAGGAUGAGUACACAAGCAACGUUAUGAAGCACAAGGGCGGUGAAAUUGGUGAGAUUCCUCCUGAAAGGAUAAUAUCCUCUGGGGAAGAAGUCACACAGAAACCAAAAACGGAUGAACCAGAAGCCACAACAACGGUCAAUACUGAAGAGGAUUCUGAUUACUCGAGUAAGGACCAGACCGAAAACAAAAGCCGUCGUCGUGGCUACUGGAAGAAAGUCAAGGUGCGCCCCGUCACGGAGUCCAUCGAAACCGCCGAAUCCCAGUAUUACACCAACACCGUCAACCGCCUCGGAGAAGCCGUUCCACCAUCUAAACUCACUCACGACAAAACCAGUAAAUACGAUAAACCCCGAUUCUCCGUGACCACUUACAAACCAAGCUUCCAAUUCAUUAAAGACUUCUUCGAUUCCGAAGACGAUUUUCCUGAAGAUGUCCUCCCAACGAUUGACAUCCCCAAAAUUGACAAACAUGCGCCUGAAAAGAAACCUGUAACGGAAGAAACUUAUGAUAAAACUGAAGAAAUCAGAACUACUGAGAAAACACCAAGUCCUGGUGAUAUGGAUUUGGGCACAGGAUCUCCUGAUCCAACACUAAUGGAUAGCAUGUAUUACAGCACACCGACAGAGCCUACUUCCAGCGAAAACGUUUUAUCGCUUCUCGACCGCGCUGAUGGAUUCAGCUUUAUGGACUACCUUUUCGGAGUAACUGAUAACAAAAAAGUGAAGAAUGAAACAACGCCUGACCCCACUGCUACUACAGUAGCAACUGAGGUUGACAUAAAUACAGAACAACCUAAAUCAAAGGCAACCACUACAGACAGCACGUACAUUCCAGAAGAAUUCACAGUGACAGAUGAUAAUACGGAAACAGUUACUGAAUUUACUGAUAUAAGGAAAAUUGAUACUGUAGAACCGACAGAAACUAAUCCGGUUGUGAGCUUCGAGACUUCCUCAGAGUCAAGCUUCAUGAAUCCAGCAAACGUUGUUAGUACAUCAAUGUCGACAGAGAUAUCACACGAAACAGAAAUAUGCUUUAGAGGCAAAUGCAUCAAAACUAACAAGGAUCUUUUAUAAGAAGAAUUAAAGUUAACAAAUGGUGCUAAAGACCUGUGUUCAAAGUAGUGAAAAAACUUUCGUUGUAGUGAAUAAGUGGACAAUCUAAAUCUUAAAAUAUUAGAGUCAAAAAAAUCCUAUGCAAGCGGAUUUAUGUGAUAUUUUCGCGUAUCUCUUUGUGAGAAAAUGUUGCAACUUCAAUGUAUUUGGUAUUGCUAGUUGUAAAAAUACGUAGUACCGCAUCGCUUCGCUUGCAACUGGAAUUAGCUUAUUCAUUAUAACAUUGUAGACUUAUAUUUAUUGAUAAAUUAGUUUUCGCGGUGAAAUCUUGUAAAUAGUGACACUCUUUACUCGAUUCCACCUUUUUACGAAUAAUAAAUGUUUUAUAGCUAACAAAAUAUAAACUUUUAGAAAGUGGCCACUGCUAAAAGUUUUUACGGUGUAAUAUAUUAUUUUACGUUAUUCUGCAUAGUACCUUUAGUUUUAAGAGUGAUAAAAUGCACAUUGAUAGGUUUUUUUACUUUUUGUAAAAUAAUAUUUCGACUGAGAAUAAUUAUUUUUAUAACCACUCGUAGUAUAAGAAUAUUUUUUCUAUUUUUAUACUUCAAAUAUUAUUAAUUCUUAUUUAUUUCUCUAUUUACGUAAUUAAUUUCAAGACAUGGAGGGCAUUUUGUGUAGAUUAUGUACUUAUUAUUUUACCCCACCCAAAGCUAAAUGUAAUAAAAAUAAAACAAAUACGAUAAUCUUCGCUUGUCUAAUAUAUUUUUAUUGCCUUAAUGUCUAAAAUUGUAAUUUUAAAUAAAAAAAUGUAAAAAAUAA